AGCGGCGGGAGCGGGGCGGCAGCGGCGACCCCCCGGCCCCGGCUCUGCGCGGCCACCGCCCCCCGCCCGGCGGGGCCAUGAGGACCGGCUCGAGGGUGCCGCUGGUGCUGCUGCUCCUCCUUCCCGUCUGGGGCUCGGCGGCGGCACACAAUGGGGAUCUUACAGUGAGACCCACAUGCAAGCCUGGCUUCUCAGAGCAAGACUACACAGCAUUCGUCUCCCAAAACAUCAUGGAAGGGCAGAAGUUACUCAAAGUAAAAUUUAAUAACUGUGCUGGUAACAAGGGAGUUCGCUAUGAAACCAACAGCCUGGACUUCAAGGUGAGGGCGGACGGGACCCUGUUCGCUGCCCACCACGUGCAAAUGCCCUCGAAGCAGCUGAUCCUGGUGGUGACGGCGUGGGAUCCCCAGACCCUGGGCAGAUGGGAGGCCAUGGUCCGCUUUCUGGUGGCAGAGAAGUCCCAACACAAUGGACACAAGCCAAAAGGCAGGAAGACACUGCCUGGAGACCUGGUGCAGCAGCAGAGUGACACUCUGCUCCCGUGGCGGCAGCAUCAGAGCGCCAACGGCCUGCGGAGGCAGAAGAGGGACUGGGUCAUCCCGCCCAUCAACGUGCCAGAAAAUUCCAGAGGACCCUUUCCACAGCAGCUGGUUCGGAUUCGUUCCGAUAAGGACAAAGAGAUCCAUAUCAGGUACAGCAUCACUGGAGUGGGAGCCGACCAGCCGCCCAUGGAAGUCUUCAACAUUGACCCUGUGUCCGGCAGGAUGUACGUGACACGCCCGAUGGACAGGGAGGAGAGAGCUUCCUACCAUCUCCGGGCUCAUGCAGUGGAUAUGAAUGGAAACAAGGUGGAGAAUCCUAUUGACCUUUACAUCUAUGUGAUUGAUAUGAAUGACAACAGACCGGAGUUCAUCAACCAAGUCUAUAAUGGAUCUGUUGAUGAAGGCUCUAAACCAGGUACCUACGUGAUGACGGUGACGGCAAAUGACGCAGACGACGCUACCACAGCAAACGGGAUGGUGAGGUACCGGAUCGUGACUCAGACCCCACAGAGCCCAUCACAAAACAUGUUUACCAUUAACAGCGAGACAGGAGACAUUGUCACUGUGGCUGCUGGACUCGACAGAGAGAAAGUUCAGCAGUAUAUAGUCAUUGUUCAAGCCACAGAUAUGGAAGGAAACCUUAACUAUGGUCUCUCAAACACGGCAACAGCGAUCAUUACGGUGACAGAUGUGAAUGACAACCCCCCUGAAUUCACCACCAGCACUUAUUCAGGAGAGGUUCCUGAGAACAGAGUGGAGGUUGUGGUGGCAAAUCUGACGGUGAUGGACCGGGACCAGCCUCACUCCCCCAACUGGAAUGCCAUCUACCGCAUCAUCAGCGGGGACCCCUCCGGCCACUUCACCAUCCGGACAGACCCCGUCACCAACGAGGGCAUGGUGACCGUGGUGAAGGCAGUCGAUUACGAGAUGAACAGAGCAUUCAUGCUGACAGUGAUGGUAUCAAACCAAGCUCCUCUGGCCAGUGGCAUCCAGAUGUCCUUCCAGUCGACAGCAGGAGUCACCAUUUCAGUCACAGAUGUCAACGAAGCACCGUAUUUCCCAACGAACCACAAGUUAAUCAGGCUGGAGGAAGGGGUGCCAACAGGAACAGUCCUGACAACGUUUUCAGCGGUGGAUCCCGAUCGCUUCAUGCAGCAGGCAGUAAGAUACUCUAAGCUGUCAGAUCCUGCAAACUGGCUGAACAUUAAUGCCACAAAUGGUCAGAUCACUACUGCUGCUGUCCUUGAUCGAGAGUCAGACUACAUUAAGAAUAAUGUCUACGAGGCCACAUUCUUGGCGGCUGACAACGGUAUCCCCCCCGCCAGCGGCACUGGCACUCUGCAGAUCUACCUAAUUGACAUCAACGACAACGCUCCCGAGCUCCUGCCAAAGGAGGCACAGAUCUGUGAAAAGCCAAACCUGAAUGUCAUCAACAUCACAGCCGCGGACGCUGACAUCGAUCCAAACGUCGGGCCCUUCGUCUUCGAGCUGCCAAGUGUGCCAUCUGCGGUGAGGAAGAACUGGACCAUAACACGGCUGAAUGGUGAUUACGCCCAGCUCAGUUUACGGAUCAUGUACCUGGAGGCGGGUGUGUAUGAUGUGCCCAUCAUCGUGACGGACUCAGGAAACCCCCCCUUGUACAACACCUCUGUCAUCAAGGUGAAGGUGUGUCCCUGCGACGAGAACGGCGACUGCACCACCAUCGGGGCCGUGGCCGCUGCAGGGCUGGGCACGGGGGCCAUCAUUGCCAUCCUGAUCUGCAUCAUCAUCUUACUGACUAUGGUUCUGCUGUUCGUGGUGUGGAUGAAGCGCCGGGAGAAGGAGCGUCACACCAAGCAGCUCCUGAUCGACCCCGAGGACGACGUCAGGGACAACAUCCUCAAGUACGACGAAGAGGGAGGUGGAGAGGAAGACCAGGAUUAUGAUUUAAGCCAGCUCCAGCAGCCAGAGACCAUGGAUCACGUGCUGAACAAGACACCUGGAGUCAGAAGGGUGGAUGAAAGACCUAUUGGUGCUGAACCACAGUAUCCUAUCAGACCAGUAAUCCCACAUCCAGGGGAUAUUGGUGAUUUUAUUAAUGAGGGCCUGCGGGCAGCAGACAACGACCCCACAGCCCCCCCCUACGAUUCCCUGCUCGUCUUUGACUACGAGGGCAGCGGCUCCACCGCCGGCUCCGUCAGCUCCCUCAACUCCUCCAGCUCCGGGGACCAGGACUACGACUACCUGAACGACUGGGGGCCCCGGUUCAAGAAACUGGCGGACAUGUACGGGGGAGGCGAGGAAGAUUAAACUGACCUCAUGUUAUUUAAAAAAAAAAAAAAAAAAAAAAAUUUAAAAAAAAAAAAAAAGGAAGGAAAGAAAAAAAGAAGAAGAAAAGAAUUUAGGAAAAAAAAAGAAAAAGAAAAAACAACAAACCCACAGACGACAACGUUAACAAAAAGAGCCGAUGCAGGAGCAAGAACUGUACAGAUGUGGCAGCUUUUUUAAUUAAUAUCCCCUGCUGACUGUAUUGUUAUUUUUAGUGGCGAUAUAGGAGGUUUCUUUUUUUUUUUUCUUUUUCCUUUCCAUUUUUUUUUUCUUAGAAUAUUGAGCUGUCUCGCAUGAACACUUGUCUCUGCUGCAGGUUUCUUUUUGUUAUUUUGGUUUUUUAAUGUCAGCUGGGAUAUUGCUCGUUUACCUGCUUUAUGACUAAAGAGAGUGAAAGGCACUCUGUCUUAACUUGAAUUUCUUAGAACAGAAGCACUGUUUUUAAAAUAUAUAUAUAUAUAUAUAUUUGAAAGUG